AUGGGCACCCGCGACCCCCCGGUGGACUUCGAUCCCUGCCAUACCGGUCAGUAUCCUCAGUCAGUCAACCAGCACCGAUCCUCCGAAGCAGAUCAGCAGCACCAAAGUCCUGCAGCAAGUCAGCAGCGCCAGCACCAGUCGUCCCCUGCUGUAGGGGUCCAGCAUCAGCUGCCCGAAGAGAGCCAAAAUCGCCAGCUGUCUGCACUAGAUCUUCUGCAACAGCCUCCUGCCGUAAGUCCCCGGCGCCAGGUUGCUCUCCUGGACGAGAAGGACAGGCCUCUAUCAACAGGGUUCGAUUAUCACUCCUUCGGACUGAGACAGCAGCAGGUCCCUGUAGUAGGACAUCAGCAGCAAUCUGUUGGACACCAACAUCCAGCAGCUGCGACGGGACAACAACACCAGUAUCAGUUUGUUGUAACUCAGCAUCACCAACCUCCUUGUCCAGAGCAGCGCCAAACACUCGCGACAGGUCACCACCAACAGACCUUCGCUACAGGUCACUAUCAUCAACUCGCUGGAGCAGGACAGCAUUACCCCUCCACAAUUGGUCAGCAGUACCAGGCAGCCGAAGCAGGACAACAGCAGCCUUCAGUAGCAGGUCAGCAGCACCCUUCAUUUAAGGAAGGACAGCGCCAACCUCCCUCGGCGGGUCAGCAGCACCUUCAGGCUGUGGCAUCGCAAGUUGGAAUAGCUUCUCAGCAUCGACAACCUGCAGAAGGCCAUCAGUAUCGAAUUCCGGCACAAAGCCACUCACGUCUUCCUCCUGUCGUGGCUCAGCCUCACCGAGCUCCUGGAUUACGUCAUCAGCUUCCCGUAGGAGGCCAUCCGCACCCCCCAUCUGCGGCAAGUUACCCUCACCCUGUAGCCAUGCAGGGCCGCUUUCAGCAGACAGCCGCGGUCGCCUUUCAGUACUUGAGGCCGACGGCGACACCCCAGCCUCAACAGCAACCUCCGCCCUCAGGCUUUAAUCCCAACCCUAGUGCUAUGCUUCAACCCCAGCCGUUCUUCAGCCCAGUGAUGCCCCUGCCAACCCCGGGGAAGCCGUACCCGCGCGGAGAGCCCGUCUACAGGAGCCCCUCUCCGUACAGAAGUCCGGAUGCCACAGGACUCUCGAAAGAGGGCCUCGCGGUAGGACGGAAUGGCACUCGUGGCACAGGCGUCGCCGCGACGUCCGUUAUUACAGGAACAUCACUGCUGCGAAUCGCACCCGAAGACGACACGCUGGGUCUGGGUCUAAUCAACCCGAACGAGCUGACGGCGCCGCCGGCCGCCCAUCUCCGCCCGCUGACGCCCGGUGACUCGCACCUCCAGACUCCGUAUCGCCCCCCGGCCUCUGCCUCCGGCGUGUGUCAGCCUCCGCCUCCUCACCCUCCAAGCUAUUCCUCCAACCAGCCUUCACCGCUCGGAUACUCGCCCAGCCAGUAUCACCCUCCCUUGAGCUACCCCUCGAGCCUAUCCCCUUUCCGCUUCAGCGCCACCCCGCCCAUGGACCCGCUGGCCAGCCCAAGGCCCGCGGACUCCGGCAGGCAGAAGGGCGUCCUGCUCAAGCCCACGGACUCGACCAAGUACCGAGUCAUUCGUGAGCAGAACAACGCGGCCUCGCGCAGGUACCGUGAGGCCCAGAGGGGACAGAGGCACCUUCAGGAGGAAAACCUGACCAGGCUUCUGAAGGAGAACCAGGAACUCAGAGCUCGAGCCACGGACCUGGAGAAGCUGAGGAACGUCUUCAAAGACAUCCUCGAUUCCUUAUAACCAACGAGACAUUAGGACCCGGGGACCCUCAUGAUAUCGCGACCUCAGUGUUCAAUGAAGCUAACAUGCGAGGUGCCACAUCCACACCUGCUUAAUGGUAUACUAAGUAAUCUGGCGCUGACGUCAUACGCAUCUAGGGGUGAGGUGUGUUUUAUUUGUUUGUGAUUGCAUUUAAUCGAUAGUUGAGGGUGUAAGGGCGAGAUCUGUGCACUAGAUUUGUGUGUAUGCAUUAUAUAAAUCGAUUUGGAACAUUUGCUUCCUUGCUCGCUGAAGAUAAAGUAUCCCAUUUUCUGCAUUACAUUUUACCUUAGUAUCUAAAUCUCUCUGAACGACAAUAAUCACCAUUAUCUUUAUGUCAGCCUCAUAAGCAUUGUCGCCAUUUCAUCCAAACCCUUCACUAAGACUGUAGAGGAAUACAACAGUUUCAUCAAAACACAUUUCCAGUAAACCUGCUGUAACCCAUGCACGUUAUAAAUGUAACGUGUAUAUUCUCAUAAUGUGGACAGCCAUACGUGAAAAGAUUAAAAACAAUGAGGAAUUCCUGUUGUGAGGCGUGUGAAAGCUCCAUGGAGAACAUAGUUUUUUUGUUGUUGUUGUUGUUGUUGUUGUUGUUGUUCUCAGUAACACGCCAAAUUCACUAGUUUUUCAAACCAUAUGUCCAUCCAUUUCUGUCUAUCUAUCUGUAUAACCGCCUCUAUCUAUAUGUAUGGAUAUCAAUUUAUAUCUAUCUCUAUUAAUCUAUAUGUACAUCUGUCUCUAUAUAUCUAUCUCCAACCGUCUGUCUACCUACCUUCCCUCUUCUGUUUAUGUGUCUGUACAUCCGUACCUAUUAAUCCAUCUCUAUGUACCAAUCAAUCUGCCGAUCUGUCUCUUAUCUAUGUGUCUAUCUAUGCAUCUGAUUAUCUCUACCCUUCUGUCUUUAUCUAUCUCUCUCUCUAUUUGAUUCCUCAUCUGGCGCUCAUUCACAGAUAAACACGCAUGAGACAAGUUUUCAACGAAGCUAAAACGUAGUCCCGUUAUAUUGAAUAAAGAAAAAGAGAGAGAGGUUAAUCCUUAAACCCUCAAUCAGCGAUUUCAUUUGCCUUUAUCCCCGCCGGCUAUGUCUUCUUUAUCCAGUCUCUCACAUCCUGCGAGUAAUCGUCCGACGCUAGGUUUUCGGUGUUU